CCAAACUCCAAAGUUAGAACGAAUGGACGGAACGCAGAUAAGUGGGAAAGUGCAAAGCAAUCAAACAGCUGAAUUAAAUUCCAUCAAUGGCGGGUUCAGCUUCAGUUCUCUCUCUAUCACCCCUCUACUGCAACCGCGCUUUCCAUAAUGCCAAACCCUCUUCCUCUUUCCAAAAUCGCCUCUCAUUUACCUGCUUCUCGUCCAAGAAGAAGCUCGGCUUCACUGACCAGAUUCUCGAUUACAUUGAAGGUGGACCAAAGUUGAGGAAAUGGUAUGGGGCACCUGAUAUUCUUGAGAAAGAUGGUGAUGAACUAAAUGAAGAUGCGGCUUCAGAGGAAAAUGAAGUUAGAGAUGCUGUGUUAGUAACUGACGGGGACAAUGAGAUUGGUCAGAUGAUUAUACUUCAGCUAAUCGUCAAAAGGCUUCGAGUAAAAGCACUUGUGAAGGACAAGCGUGUUGCCAUGGAAGCAUUUGGCGCUUAUGUUGAGUCUUUGGCUGGAGAUCUAAAGGAGAAGAUCUUCCUCAAGAAGGCCUUUAGAGGUGUUCGUGCAGUUAUAUGCCCAGUUGAAGGAAGCUUGUACAAUAUUGAUGGCUGGAAAGGCGUGCAGAAUGUGAUCUUGUUGUCUAAGUUGUCCGUUUAUAGGGAGUUGAGCGGCAUUCAAGCGAUCAUGAACAGCUACACCAGGAAACUAGCUGAGGAAGAUGAGGAUGCGGUGAAGGCCUCUGGUGUCCCCUAUACCAUCAUCAGAACUGGGGUCCUGAAAAAUACACCUGGGGGGCAACAAGGUUUCUGCUUUGAUGAGGGUUGUGCAUCAAAGGGAAGUCUUAGCAAAGAAGAUGCUGCCUUUAUUUGUGUAGAGGCAUUAGACAAUGCCCCUCAGAAUGGAUUGCUAUUUGAGGUUGUUAACGGCGACGAGAAGGUUUCCGACUGGAAAAAAUGUUUUGCUGAUUUGAUAGAAAGAUCAACAUAGGAGCUCGAAAUCCAAAUCCAACGGUGUGAGACUGGUCGAGACCAGGUUCUAAUCCGACCUUAUUUGACUGCGUUUGUGCUAUUAUUUGUACGAGUUUGAAUAUAUGUCCAAUUCUUAAAAUAGAAAAUUACCCUCCAAUCGAUUCAAACUGUAUGAUAAAAAUCCACCAUUCAAGAAUCUAGUGAAUGAGCAUACCUCUUAAAUCUAAUGAACAUUAGCUUUUUGUCCAAGAUUCUAUUUCGUAUGCUUCUGUCUGCCAAAACAAUAAAGUUAAGACACAUCAACUAGGACAAAACACUAUAGUCAAUAGUCUAAUACAGUUCUUCACAAUCAAGUUGUAGUUUAUUGUGCCAACAAUUAUAGUCAACCAAGAUCGAUCCAAAUUAGCGUGACAAAACUUCACCAAAAUAUACUAUU